AGGGUGAUGCCCACCAGUUUCUUCUUGUUGCUGCGUUUCUUCCUACGAGUGGACGGAGUGCUGAUCAGAAUAAACGACACACGACUGUAUCAUGAGGCCGGAGCGAGUUACAUGCUACGAGAGUUCAGCACGAGAGAAAGUAAAAUAGCAGACUUGAAGAAUGUUCCCGCUGCACUGUACACGGAUCCUAAUGAGAUCGCCCAGCACCUAACACUGAAGCUGACGGAUUGUGAGAAGCUGGAGCUGCCUGCGAUGUCGCCUCAGAGAGCUGUAAAUGACGUCCAGUGACCGCCAUACUAAUAUGUCACAUUGAUGUGUUGCAUGAUAACAAAUUGAAAUAGUAGUCUUAACCCACAUUCUUCCUGGUUACAUAACAAACAUCCCCUUCAAAUAUCUGUACAGGAAUAGUUUUUAUAUGUGCCACUAUGAUGGUCCUUAAACUCCUGCCACUUGUUUCAGUGUUCACAGUGCAGCGUGAUGCACUAUAAUAUCAAGGAACCUUUAAACCUAGUUAAAUACUUUGGUCCAGCUUCUGACUGUUCAUAUUUGAACUGGUUUUGUUUUAUGAUACAUUUUUUCACUGCCUUUGACAUGAAAAGGCUUGCUAGUGUAGCUGUCUCAUGCUUGUAAUAUCAGUAUAUCAAAAAUGUGUUUGUAAAAAAAGCGACACAAACAGCACUGUAUUUUCUGAAGUCAGUCAUGAAGAAUUUCUGUAAAUAUGUCUACUGUAUUUUCUACGGUGACUUAUAGAACUUAAACAAGUGUGUUCUCCAUUCGCAGUCCAACACCUUCAGGAUCUCUGUGAAUACGUCUCCCAUAUGGCCAAAUAUACAUUCGUCUGUGUACAAAUAUCUGGCUUGCUUUGCUGAUGCUGGAUUUUUGUUUUCUUUUUACAAUGUUUGUGAUGUUUGACCUGUCAAAAUGCAUUUCUACCAGUAAUCAUUAUUUUAAUGAAUCUCCACAUUCAAUGCAAAUAGAUUUCAUUGUUAUUUUGCUUUUGCAUUUGACCUGCGUUUAGUUUCACUUUAGAAUCAGAAUGGACCGUGAAGCAAAAUGAGCAAAUGUAGUGGUAUAAAAUGUUUUUAAUUUAAUGAGGAAUUGCUAAUAAAUACUAUAUAUGAAUAUAGGGUUAAUCAUCCAACAGGAUAAUUCAUUUGAGUGACAAAAAGACAGAAUAGGACGGGUUUUUUUUAAACACAAGAAAGAAAGAACUCGAGGGAGAGAUGAACUAACACAUUGCGGUUUUGGGUCUUUUCUAUGGGUCGGGACAAUAAAACAACUUCAGAACAAUGUCAACCAUGGUGCAUAACUCAAUAAAUUCCAUGUUUUGUGUGUAGAAAAAACAUGUUUGUGUUGUAUGUCCAUGUUUCUGUGAAUGAAGUUCUCAUAAAGUUCUGCAUUAAGGCUU